AUGAUUAUGGCACUUUUCAUAUAUCCACUUGUUCUUGGAACGGAGACCUAUAGAUUUGUAAAGUACUUUAGUGAUGAGCAGGGAAUAAAGGUACCCGAGCAAAUAGUUGAUGACUACAACGAGGCCGAGGAUGAGUUCAACGUAGAGGCAAUGGACUUUGAUUAUAUAUUCCAUAAUGGAAACAAGAUAGACAUUUUCCAGUAUAAGGCUGGAGAGGAGCUGAUUGCAUCUGUGUUUUUUUCCAGGGACAAGUUCUAUGGAAUUGUGGACAGGAAGAUCAUCCAAAGAAACGUUGUUUUUGUGUACACAAUGUACGUUUCGAAGAGGCAUAGGGGAAAGGGAUACUCGAAAAGAAUUCUGAAGGAUGCCGCAGACUCUCUGAACAAGCACUAUGGAAUGAACGGAGACUUCCUUCUGGUUCUACAUCUGAACCCGCAAGAUAAGGACAUGGAUCUUGCAUUUUCUGUAUACUACAACCUUAACUUUAGGAGUGGAGGGCUAUCAAUGAUAGGCCCGAACGAAAAGCAAUACUUUUUGGAGGAGCUUCUUCAAUAUCGGAAUCCCUGCAAUGUAAUCGAUGAGUAUGAUGAAGAAAGAGACAGGGGUGCGUACAUGGUGAUGUUCUGUGAAUAUCCAAAGCUCUUCAUGUGUGAGAAGGAGAGGUAUGACAAGCUGAUGGAUUACGGAGAAAGAUUAAGGAACAUUCUGAAGAGGGGGUGGCUACAAGAGCCCUCGCCGGCAUCGUGA